GAGUGGUGGUAGUGGUAAGGGGAUACACAAAGACAGAGAGGGAGAUAGCCAGGUCAGGGAGAGAGGGAAGUAGAGGCAAGGACACAAACAGAGAGAAAGAGAGAGCAGCAGACACUGGGCCUGGCUCAGCGAACUGAGAGGAAGACAGCGGCUGCCCUGGACGCUCCUGGACCAGGCCAGACAGCUCCCAUGAGCUCCAGCAUGGCUGCCACUACACCUUCCACAUCCAGGAAGGAGUCUCCAGGCAGGUGGGGCCUGGGGGAGGAUCUGACAGGUAUGGCUCCUUCUGGAGGCCAGUCGCUCCAGUGCCGUGUGUGCGGCGACAGCAGCAGCGGGAAGCACUACGGCAUCUACGCCUGCAACGGCUGCAGCGGCUUCUUCAAGAGAAGCGUGAGGCGGAGGCUCAUCUACAGGUGCCAGGUGGGUGCAGGGAUGUGCCCGGUGGACAAGGCCCACCGGAACCAAUGUCAGGCCUGCCGGCUGAAGAAGUGUUUGCAGGCAGGCAUGAACCAGGACGCCGUCCAGAACGAGCGGCAGCCCCGGAGCACUGCCCAGGUUCGCUCGGAGCCAGGCAGCGAGCCCCGACUGGAGCCCCCGGCGGUUACUCGGCCUCCAGCAGGGCCCAGCCCACGGGGCCCCACACCUGUGUCUGCAGCCAGAGCCCUGGGGCCUGGGGCCCUCACGCCACCAGGGCAUCACCACUUCAUGGCCAGCCUCAUAACCGCGGAAACUUGCGCUAAGCUGGAGCCCGAAGACGCCGAUGAGCAUAUCGACGUCACCAGCAAUGAGCCUGAGCUCCCUUCGUCCCCGUACUCCUCCCCGCCCUGCAGCCUGGACAGCAUCCAGGAGACGUCGGCCCGCCUACUCUUCAUGGCUGUCAAGUGGGCCAAGAACCUGCCUGUGUUCUCCAGCCUGCCCUUCCGAGACCAGGUGAUCCUGCUGGAGGAGGCAUGGAGUGAACUCUUCCUCCUAGGAGCCAUACAGUGGUCCCUGCCCCUGGACAGCUGCCCUCUGCUGGCCCCGCCUGAGGCCCCUGCUGCCAGCAGCUCUCAGGGACGGCUCAAGCUGGCCAGCAUGGAGAUACACGCCCUGCAGGAAACCAUCUCACGGUUCCGGGCGCUGGCAGUGGACCCCACAGAGUUUGCCUGCAUGAAGGCCCUGGUCCUCUUCAGACCAGAAACACGGGGCCUGAAGGAUCCUGAGAACGUGGAGGCCUUGCAGGACCAGUCCCAAGUGAUGCUGAGCCAGCACAGCAAGGCCCACCACCCCAGCCAACCUGUGAGGUUUGGGAAAUUGCUCCUGCUCCUUCCAUCUCUGAGGUUUAUCACUUCUGAACGUAUUGAACUCCUCUUUUUCCGCAAAACCAUAGGGAAUACUCCAAUGGAGAAGCUUCUUUGUGACAUGUUCAAAAACUAA